CAACAACGCACGCGGCAACGUCGACGCACGGAGUACAUGCAAUUGAAUGCUGCAGCGGCAAAACAGCGUCAAGCUGCGGGUACUGCUAGACGCUACUGGCACUGCUCCAAUUCAUCUCAAGCUGCAUGCAUGGAUGCACCCCCUUGCCCCCUCAAACGACGCAAGUAACGGGUCGAUGCUGGUCCAGGACGUUAUUCACUGCCCCCGUGGAAGCUUGGACGCGGCCCUGAUUGAGUGCUGCUGCCGCUGCCAUGGCAAUUGGGCCAAUUCACUCACUGAUUGACUGCUGCUCCUUCACCGUUGCAUUUCUGCCUGCCUACGCCAUUGGCCAUUGGCCCGCCGCUCCUCGCCCAUCCAUUGGCGCCACCCCCCAACGUCUCGCGUGACACCCUGUGAUAUAACCAUCGACUGCUACAAAAGCCCAAGCUGCCCAGCUCCCGACUUCCUUUCCAUCUUGUUCUUCACCUUGGACAACUUCAUCUCUUCGUCUCUCACAUCUCUCACAUCUCUCACAUCUCUCACAUCUCUUCCACACACACAACUUCAUCCCAAUCCGACCCAAUCCAGCAAAGCCAGCAUCUUCGAUCCAAUUCAACUCGCCAGGUUCCAUCCAAUCUACAUCCCCAGAACCAGCCACCGCCGCGUAUACACACACACACACGUUAGCAGAGGGAAUAAAAAGGGCCUCCCACACAGCAAAAGCCACUGGCACCCUGUUCCGGCAAACGCCUCCUCACCUUACUCCAACUUUGUCUCCCUUCCUACCAACCAGCGGCCAAUUCAUCGCCAAAAGCCUCCCCCCGCAACUGCUUCCGUCUUACCCCUUCUGCGCCUAGCCCUCGUCUUGUCGCCUCCCACCAGUCCAUCCAUCAAAAUGACUCGCUCUCACAAGUACGGCGAACGUGACCACAAGGGCCUCGCUGAUGGCAGCGUCUCGCCAACAGAACAGCUGCCUCGCUUCUUUGCCAAGAGCGGCUACGUCGACGUUGAUCCCAAGAAGGUGAAGAAGGACGGCAAUGGCAAAGGCAACUGGGGAAGCGUGGGCGAGGAAGUUGUUGAUGAAAACUUCCGCUUCACCAACGCUCGUCGCCGCUCCAACAGCUUUUCCCACCAUAACCUCUCCGACUUCAAGACCAAGUUUGAAGUGAAUGAAAUGGACCCCCUCUACGACGAGUCUCUCCACGGACCCAUUGAUGAGGAGAAUGGAGAUGACCUCUCCAAGACCGACUCCACCGAGAGCGUCCACUCCGUCUAAGCGAGAACACCUCUCGCCCGCCCAGAGAGUGACGCUGAUAUGCAUAUCCUAUCCUGGAAGCGUCUAAUGUCCCUGCAUUUUUACCAUGGAAAUGAUGAUGAUUUAUAUUUACUUUUAGCUAUGGGACCAUUUUCUUUCUUCUUUUUUUUUAUCAUUUCCUUUUGUCUCCAAAAGGAACGGAGCAGGGGAUUUGAUAUCCAUGGAAACCGGACAUGGCAGCGCUCAUCUGAGGCCACAACUUAUGAUGCAUCCCCGCCUUCUUUGCUUCUAGAGCGGCGGGACAAAGUGUAUUACUGUAUAAUAUCUAUUUUUUCAUUUUUUCUGUUCUUUCAUCGCGAAACCAUAUGGAGGCUCCGGCUCUACUAUAGAACCAAUACUAGCCCGUGUAACAUUUUAACACG